UGUCUAUGGUGACGCUAUGUUUCGGGGAGUUCACUGUUCUGGUGAUGUCUGCAUGGUACUUGUGCCCAAACACAUAGUCCAUAGCUCUGGCUAGGUUUAAUAUUGGUAUAAGACAUGGGCACUGCUCUAGCAUGUGAUAAGUUCAACCCCGAGGGCCGAUAGCGGUUAUCUGGACGACCCGAGUGCUCGCGCCUGCUUUCAUUAUCUUGGUUUACCCUUCAAACAUCGAACAGAAAAAAAGGAUUUUGUUUCUUCUACACACAGAGCCUCUCGCCCCUUCCCUUUUUUGUUGUGGCGGAUGAGUCCUGUAUGAGCUUGGCGCAUGCUGGUGCUGCUGCUUAUACCCCAGCUCGCUCUGCCUAAACUUUUUCUCCGGACUACUGUUUUGAUCGAUUUCUUCGCUGAAUGAGAACAUAUUGUCUUGUGCUUUGCAUUCGUCGUCAGAGGAUAAGGUUCACCCGAGGAGGCCAUUGGCGAAGAGGUGUCACGUGACCAAGGGUGCCAAUGUUAUUCAACAAGGGUGUCAAGACCCUGUCAGUUUCUGAAAUAAAUAUUGGGAAACGGCGAGAUGCAGAAGGCAACCUACUACGACAGCUCCGCAAUUUACAGUGGCUACCCGUAUCAAAGCGCAAAUGGUUUCAGUUAUGAUGCCAAUCAGGUCCAAUAUCCCCGGGCCUCUCAUGUGGAAAGUGAGUACCAUCGACCAGCCUGCUCCUUGCAGUCCCCAGACGGCUUGGUCGCCCUGCAGAAGCCGGGGGAGAUGGCGGAGAACUGCGAUAGGGGUACGGCCAUCCAGGCAGCGCAGCCACCCGUCCUCACUGAAAGCAAUCAACCGCAGAUGUCGGUGUCUGUCCCACCACCCCCUCCCCAGUCACAGUCCCCCGGUUCUCUCAACCAGAACACGAGCAACGGCUCCUGUCAACCCAACUCAAAGAGCUCGGUGCACAGCUCGCCGACCACCACCCGGAAGCACAUCUUCCCCUGGAUGAAAGAGUCCCGUCAGAACCAGAAGCCUAAAACCAGUAGCUCCAGCUCAGUUGAGAGUUGCCCUGGAGACAAGAGCCCCCCGGGCGGGUCAGCCGCGUCGAAGAGAGCCCGGACGGCUUAUACCAGCGCACAACUGGUGGAACUGGAAAAGGAGUUCCACUUCAACCGCUAUCUCUGCAGACCCCGCAGGGUCGAGAUGGCCAACCUGCUCAACCUCACGGAGAGGCAGAUUAAGAUCUGGUUCCAGAACCGCAGGAUGAAGUACAAAAAGGAUCAGAAAGGGUGUGGCAUGAUGCCCUCUCCCGGGGGACAGUCCCCUCGGAGCCCCCUCGGCCCAUCACCCGGAGGCGGGGGUGGAGGAUACCUCAACUCUAUGCAUUCUCUGGUUAACAGUGUACCCUAUGAGUCCCAGUCACCAACGUCUUACAAUAAGCCCGCUCAUAAUGCAUACGGUAUGCCUACGUCAUAUCCCCCUCCCUUGAACAGCUCCCUAAACAACUGCCCGCCCUCUCAGAAGAGGUAUCCCGGGACUGGCGGCUCGGCCACGCCCGAGUAUGACGCGCAUCCUCUCCAAGGAAAUGGCGGCUAUGGGACGCACUUGCAGCAGGUCAGCCCUGUGUAUGUAGGCGGAGGUUACAUCGACUCGAUGCCGAACAACAGGGCCUCCGUUUUCGGCCUGACCCAUCUCUCGCACCCGCCGUCCACAAACAUGGACUACAAUGGAGCAAUCACUAUGGGCAAUAGUCACCAUCAAAGAGUGUGCGAUCCAAACCCGACAUACACAGACCUUAAUACGACGCACUACUCUCAGGGAAGAAUUCAGGAAGCGCCCAAACUGACACAUCUGUAGCCGGGUUGCACCCUGGAUCACUCCGCCCCAUUGUCUUACCUGACGAACCACCAUCGCUUUGUUUCUUUUCUUCUUUAGUAGCCUUUUCCACCUUCUCUUUGUUCUAGGUUAUGUUUGUUCUUUUUUUAAUAUAGUUUAAUGUGUGAAGUAGCAUAGGAAAGUAAUCACGCUUGCUUCAAAUGUUCACUCUAUUUGCGAUAGUGUUAUUGUUCCGCACAGACCUAUUAUCUGAGACAACACGCGCGGGGGCACAUACGCAUAGACCUAUUUAAUCUUUAACUUGUUUCUAAAAACAAAUCAAACAGGGUAUAUGAACAAAUCUUAUGGUAUUAUUUUAAUGUGAAUGUAUUAGUUUUUUGGUAUUUAUCCGCAGUUGAAGAUUUGUUUUGUGUUAUUGUUUUGCAUUUUGUUGCACUUGUGGAAGGAUCCUUAAAAAAGGGAGGCCUGGAAGCUCCAGCCUACGAUCUAACCAGCUUGUGUUCUGUUGGACUUUCAAAAUGUUAUUUAUUUAUAUGACGUUAUAUGGAGUUCUUUAGUAUUAUUUGACCCCCCUGUGCUCUUUGUAUGUGGGGAGAAGGCUAUUGGAACCAGGCCUAGGCUCUAGUUCUACCCCUUACCUGACAGCAGACAGACGACAGAGAGACAGACAGACACAACACUGAUAUAUUGGUGUUAUUUGUUUCUUCUUCGAGGAGGUAUUUUAUUUCUCUACGAAUGCAAAUCAACCAGUCACGCUUGGAAGGACGGACAGAUAUUAGACGUUUCUUUAUUGAACAAAUAUUCUAGAUAUCACCAAGUUUCUUUUUCAGUGUCAUACAUUCCAUGCUGCUCCAGUUCGAAUAAAUAAAGAAAUGAAUUUAAAUAUG